AUGGCGGGAGACACCGAAGGGCAGCAGGAGCACAUCGCCUCUGAUGUCACGCAGGUCGUCAGCCCCUCCCCCCUCAAGUUCUCUUCCUUCUCUCUCACUCUCGUCUUCGUGCUUGCCUUUUGGUUUUGGGGGCGCCAUGAGAGAUUAACUGUUCGUGUGCGACGAUUCCUUCAGCUCAUUGGCUGGACACCUCUGAUCGAGCUCAAGCGAAUCGCCGGCAAGGAAGGGGUAGAUGCCCGGAUCGUCGGCAAGGUCGAGGCCUACCAGCCUCUGCUCCGUCAAGGAUCGAAGCGCUUUGAGUGGCAGUGUAAAUUCAGUGGAAUUGUAUGGGUGAACUAUUCACCAUUGAUUGUGGCAUAUGCAGAUCCAGCCCUUGGUUUCCCAGGCAUAGAUGCGAAAGUUGAGGAGCUCAAGAAAGAAUUGCCCAAUGUACAUGUUCUUGAUCAAUUCAAGAACAAAGCAAAUCCUGAAGCACAUAUUAGAUGGACUGGACCUGAGAUUUGGAAGGACACUGCUGGCAAGGUGGACAUAUUUGUAGCAGGUUCAGGGUCAGGAGGAACGGUAUCUGGUGUUGGGAAGUAUCUGAAGACGCAGAACCCCAGUAUCAAGAUCAUCUGUGUUGAGCCUGCAGAGAGUCCAGUUGUUUCAGGUGGCGAACCAGGCAAACACAAAAUCCAGGGAAUAGGACCAGGAUUUCUACCUGAAGUACUGGACACCUCAGUUAUUGAUGAGGUUGUCACAGUGACCACUGAGGAGGCAAUGGUGAACGCUAGGAGGCUGGCCAGGGAAGAGGGCCUUCUUGUGGGCAUAUCUUCUGGAGCAAACUUGGCAGCUUGCUUGAAGGUCGCAUCGAGAGAAGAAAACAAGGGGAAGAUGAUUGUCACCAUGUUUCCAAGUGGGGGCGAGAGAUACAUGAACUCUGACCUGUUUGCCGCUGCUAGAGAGGAGUGUAUUGCCAUGACAUUUUAUUUUUUUCAGAAGAGGGCUAUGGGCUAUUUUCCAUGUAACGGUCGGCAUGUGUUGCAUGUAGCUGAUAUUCGGUCAUACCACAAUGAAUUGCGUGAUUUUGCUACGGAAUUUAUACUCAACGAAUAUGUAUGA